GGGGGGUUCCUAUUUCAACAUUGUUUUGCCAAAUUUCGUGCUCUGUUGAAUAGUUAAGGUGACGAAUCAAAGUCUUGCUUGCUUCUGUCAACAAUUUAACAUGGCUAGCGUCGUAGCGAAGACAGUCGUCGCUACCGGUGCCUCCUCCGGCCUGGGCUUUGAGUUGGUCAAGCAGCUGCUUGCUCAGAGUAACCCCUACAAGUUCGUUCUCGGAGCGAGAGACACCGAAGGAACCAAGAAAGCCUACGACGCGUUGAAGUUCGACAAUGCAAAGCACAGCCUCACCGUGCUACCACUGGAGCUGUCUAGCUUGGAGAACGUCAAGUCGUUUGCUCAAAAGGCAUUGGAAAAAUUGGGAAAAGAUAAACUCGAUUAUCUCCUGCUGAAUGCUGCGAUCAACAAGCCUGCUAAUGAACCUGGCCCUCAUGGUUCCAAGUGGUGUGAGGCAUACGUUGUCAAUCAUCUGGCUCAACAUUAUUUGACGCAUUUACUGCGAGAGAAACUCGUCGAAUCCAAAUCGCGUGUGGUCGUUGUAUCCUCUGGGGCCAUACGGCGCGUGACAGAUCCUUCCGUGCUUGAUGAGCACCUACUUGCCAAUUCAGGAGAGGAUGGUUCGAAUAUCUACUCCGAGACCAAGUUUGUGC